AUGAAUGCCGAACGACACAAACGGCAUUCCUGCGAGUCAUGUCGGUCGCGGAAGCUGAAAUGCUCGGGAGAAAAGACUGGGUGCUCGCGGUGUACUGCUCUGUCGCUGCGGUGUAAAUUUCGCGCCAAGGGGGCGCCUGGACGGCCUAGAAAGAGAAUCACGGCAAUCUUGCCAUCGCCGCAGCCUGAAAUUGGGGACUGGGAGCUUCAAAACGGGCAGACUCGGCCCUUGUAUCAGUCACUGGCCCAUGAACAAGAACAUCAACAAAAGGAAGUGAGACACCAGCAGCAGCAACGCAGUUGCGAGUCUUCAAUUGCACAAGCGCGGUUUGAUCCAUGCGGUCUCCUUGAGCUCUCGUCAAGUCUGCCCGAUGGCUUCGCGGCUUCUUGCGACAUUGGUCACCUAUUGGCUGAAAUCGACCCAAGCGCACUGUAUAACAAUUUGCCUGAAUACGGCGAUUUCCUUGAGCACUUCGGACGACCCGCCUCCAAUGCUGCUACGCAUAAUAAUAUCACACCCCAAUCGGUUUCGGACGCUUUGGGACCGCCGACGGCAUCACCAUGUGAGUGCGGCGCAGACGUUCUCGAGACGCUACGUCUGCUAAAACAACUCCCUCCAUCACACGCUCUCCUCCAAAGGCUGCGUAUUGGAGUUGACCUUUUCGAGCGGCUACUCACAUGUCCCGUGUGUUAUAACCUGGCCAAGCCGCCUCGCAUUACAAUUCAAAACGUGCUCCUCAUUGGUCGCCUCAUGGUCGAGGUCACGUCGGGCUACCAACAUUAUCUACAGUGGAUACGAGAGACUUGUACGCAAUCGAAUUCGGAGGAAAAAACGGUACAUGUUGCUUCCGGCGAAGAAACAGAAUCGAUGCUGGCUUUCGCGGUCAGCAAUGUUCAAUUUCGGGAAAUGGUAAUUCACGGCCUAUGUACGGAUGCGCAACGCAUCUCCGCUCUAGGCAAGAAAUUUGAGCGCAGGCAACACGACCGUCACAAGAUUGGACAUGAAAAGUGUCCUACCGCUGAAGAAAGAUGCUGGAAAGAAGAAAACACUCUCGAGCUUGAUCCGUUAGAUAUUUGUCCACAUAAUCCAGCAGCGAAAGUACUGACGCCCUGCUUCCGUAUAGUAGAAGAAGUCCAGAGUAGGAUUCAAAGGCUACAAUACGACCUUCGGUAA